AUGGCUUCAGAAACCUCCACAAAGCGGCCGGCCAGCGACAUGGUGACCGGCUCCUCCUCGCUGGUCCCCGACGACGCAACCGCCCUUGGGCCAAGUGCCGCCUCAUCAUCGCCAUCGCAGCCGCCUCAAGAAGACUGGCGCGCCUGGAUGCAGGUUCUCGGCGCCUUUUGCAUCAACCUGAAUACCUGGGGCAUGAUGAACUCGUACGGCGUGUUCCAGACAUACUAUCAGCUCCAUCUCCUCCACGGCCACUCCGCCUCUAACAUCGCGUGGAUCGGCUCCACGCAGGCCUUUCUCCUCUUCGUCGUGUCCGUGGCUGUCGGCGCGCUUUUUGAUGCCGGCUUUGCGCACACGCUGCUCUGGGGCGGCGGCAUAAUGGUCGUCGCUGGCGUGAUGCUACUCAGUGUUGCCUCACUCUACUGGCACGUCUUUCUCUCCCAAGCCAUCAUGGUCGGGCUGGGCUUUGGCCUCCUUUACCUGGUCGCCCCCGCCAUCGUUUCCCAGUACUUUGGGCGCAGAACCGCCCUAGCCAUGGGCGCGUCGUCGGCUGGUAGUGCAAUUGGCGGCGCCGUCUUUCCCAUCGCUUUCUCCCGCCUGGUUGAACGGCUCGACUUUGGCUGGGCCUGCCGCAUCCUCGGCUUCAUUCUCCUCGUUACCUCCGCCAUCCCCGGGCUCCUCAUGCGCUCCAAGGAACCCCCACAGCGCGACCGCAAGCUCUUCGACGCCACCGCUCUGCGCGACGUCCCCUACCUGCUCCUCAACGCUGGCCUCACCUUCGGCUUCAUGGGCCUCUACAUCGUCUUCUAUUACAUUGAGCUGCUCGCCCGAGAUCGCGCCCACGUGUCCGACUCCCUGGCCCGCUACCUGCUCGUCAUCAUCAACCUCAGCUCGCUCCCGGGCCGCAUCAUCCCGGGCUACUACGCCGACAAGGUCGGGUCCAUCAACGUGCAGACCGCCGUCGCCCUACUCUCCGCCAUGUUGACAAUUUUCCUGUGUGCUAUCCGCUCCGCCGCCGGCCUCGUCGUGUUUUGCGCCAUCUACGGCUUCUUCUCGGGUGCCUUCAUGGGCCUUCCCGCCGCGGGCAUCGUUCGCCUCUCCGAUGACAAGAGCAAGAUCGGCAUCCGCAUAGGCAUGACCCUCGGCACAGUCGGGUUCGGCGUGCUGAUCAGCAACCCGAUCGCGGGUGCCAUCGUCUACCCUGGCAAAGACUGGGUGGGACUGAUUUCGUGGUGCGGCGCGCUCCUUUUUGCGUCCGGCUUUUGCUUGGUGGCGAGUCGCGUUUCCAAGGUUGGCUGGGGGCUGAAGACGGUGAUUUGA